UACCUUUACGCGUAUUUACUUUGGGCCGUUUUUCUCCCGGGACGCUUUCUGGUCACGCUCUCGCAGACGGGUGCUGACAGCUGGCGCCAGUGGGCCGGAUUUAAAUGUCAGUCCUCGCUUCUCGUGGCCUUGAACUAACAUAAACAAGGACAUGGUGUUUGUUCAGUCCAACCUGCCCCUAGUCCCGGAUCUCAGCUGUUAAAACAGGGCGCUGGAGCCUAGCGAAGAGAACAAAAAUCCCCAGGCCUCCUAGAACAACCUUGUCAUGCUCCCCGCCUCAGAGUCGCGUGUGGCCAAAGGGAAGGGCGCCCCAAAUCGAUUCAUGGAGGAAACUUAAAAAAAGCUGCAGGAUUCGUAGACGGGCCGGCUACCACCCUCUCCUCGGCUUCCUUAGGCCCUAGCUAGCGGGGAAAGGGGCAGCCGUGUCGUUAAUAUCCAUUGGAUUACGCCCAUGGCGUGUGCAUGCAGCCGUUUUAGAUUUACUAAACUUAUAAACUCAGGGACAGGGACGGUCUUUGUUCUGCGCUUGUGCAGCACCUGGCGCCUGUGGGGCCGGCCCACGACUGGGGCUCUCCGGUGCUGCUGCAAUACAAAGAAUAAAUCAAUCGUUUAAGAAGCCCUGAGCGCACCCAGCCCAGCGACACGUCCCUACACGCGCAGGGCCCGCUGGCUAGGUGUCACUCCCGUGGUGCUGCGUGGACACGUGGGGGAGACAUGUCUGAGGGCGAUGCUCUCCUGCCUCACCUGUGUCCUGUCCCCCAGCGCGUACUCCGGCAGCAGCAGUUCACCUCCCUGGAGGAGAAGCCGCAGUUUCCCGGCGCCUCAGCCGACUUUGUGGACAAGCUGGAUUUUAUCCAGCCCAACGUGAUCUCGGGGAUCCCCAUCUACCGGGUCAUGGACCGGCAGGGGCAGAUCAUCAACCCGGAUGAAGAUCCCCAGCUCUCGCAGGAGCAGGUGCUGAAGUUCUACAAGACCAUGACGCUGCUCAACACGAUGGACCGGAUCCUGUACGAGUCGCAGAGGCAGGGCAGGAUCUCCUUCUACAUGACGAACUACGGGGAGGAGGGCACGCACGUGGGCAGCGCCGCGGCGCUGGAUGACACAGACCUGGUGUUCGGGCAGUACCGGGAAGCAGGCGUGCUGAUGUACCGGGGUUACCCCCUGGACCUCUUCAUGGCCCAGUGUUACGGCAACACCAGCGACACCGGCAAAGGGCGCCAGAUGCCGGUGCACUACGGCUGCAGAGACCGGCACUUUGUCACCAUCUCGUCCCCGCUGGCCACGCAGAUCCCCCAAGCCGUGGGGGCUGCCUACGCCUUCAAGCGGGACAACGCCAGCCGGGCCGUGAUCUGCUACUUCGGGGAGGGCGCGGCCAGCGAGGGCGACGCCCACGCCGGCUUCAACUUCGCCGCCACCCUGGAGUGCCCCAUCCUCUUCUUCUGCCGCAACAACGGCUACGCCAUCUCCACGCCCACCUCGGAGCAGUACCGGGGCGACGGCAUCGCGGCCCGCGGCCCCGGCUACGGGAUCAUGUCCAUCCGCGUGGACGGGAAUGACGUCUUCGCCGUGUACAACGCCACGCGGGAGGCCCGGCGCCGGGCCAUCGCCGAGAACCAGCCCUUCCUCAUCGAGGCCAUGACCUACAGGAUUGGGCACCACAGCACGAGUGACGACAGCUCGGCCUAUCGCUCGGUGGACGAGGUGAACUACUGGGACAAGCAGGACCACCCCAUCUCCCGCCUGCGCCACCACAUGUUGGGCCGGGGCUGGUGGGACGAGGAGCAGGAGAAGAGCUGGAGGAAGAAAUCCCGCAAGAGGGUGAUGGAGGCCUUCGAGCAGGCGGAGCGGAAGCUGAAGCCCAGCCCGCAGCACCUGUUCUCGGACGUGUACUGCGAGAUGCCCCCGCAGCUGCAGAAGCAGCAGGAGGCGCUGGCACGGCACCUCCGGCUCUACGGGGAGCAUUACCCCCUGGAGCACUUCGAGAAGUGAGGUCCCCGCGGGGGGGGCAGCCCGCUUGCCCCCCCCACUGCCCGGGGCCUGCCUCGGUUUCCCUUGGCCGCGCCGGGCCAGGGGCGGGAUCCCUGGGUGUGAGCAAGUCCAGUGGGGGGCCACGGUCACUGGGGCAGCGAGCCUGGCCCCCGGGGGAAUUCCUAGCUCAGACAGAGCCCCCCCCCAGGCGUAGAUGUGCCUGGGCUCGCGGCUACCCCAUCUCCGGGCUCUCCUGGCCUCCCGCAGGCCGGCAGGUCCCCUCGCUGCCCUGCCUGUGGGCUCCCCAGCCCAGAGUCGGGGCGCCCGGGUCAGGGAGGGCAGGCUUGGGGGUAGGGAGUGGACGGGUGCGUGGGCUGCUUGUCCCUGUAGCCAGGGGAGCUGCCCCCAGGCAGGGGCAGGAGCCGCUUCGCUGCAGGGGGUGGGCACCAGGUUGGCUGCGGGGGGGGCAGGAUAUUUUACUGCAAUCUCCUAACUCAGCCUAUAGGUCGGCUUUCUAGGCUCCGGUGAGUGGUAGUGGUGGUGGGGGGUGUUGAACCACGGCACGGUUCCCGGGGAGUCAGCCGGGCAGAGCCGCUCCCUGGGCGGGCGGCCCCCGGGCGCUGUUACACGUAGGAUAGUCGGGGGCUGCUCUGGGGGGGGGGAGCAGCGCCCGUCAUGCUGUUACACAGGGGGGGGGACUGGGAAAUCCGGCUCGGCCUUGGCACCAAGGGUCCCUGGGGCCUGGCUGUACCGGGUGGCGGGUGUCAAUAAACUUUCUAUGUGCUAACA